GCUUAAUAACAAGAAGAUGGAGAAGUUGAUUUGCCCCAACAGGAGCUUUGAACAAACUGGGGAGAGGUGUAUUACCUUACAGUAGCUUCUCGCUGUAGUGGUCUUGGCGAUGAAGGCGGUGAGAGGGGUCUUUUGGUAGCGACCUCCGUACCGACUGACAUCCGCCCACUCACACCGCGCUACGCGUCUCUCAGCUCGCGCAGCGCGUCUUCCCCACUAAAACAUGUCAAACCCCGGCACCUACCACACCACUAUCCCACCACCCCAGCUUAUUCUCCAGUCUACACACUAGUUCUGCCGCGAUCUUUGGGAAUACCCAUAGAUCAGCACUCGAAACCAUAUCUUUACUCGGCAGAAACCCCUAAUUGCGGGCACAAUGGCCUCGUCUGCGCCGUCUUCGCCUGCAUCGCGCGCGUCUCGCAGCGCGUCACCCACCUCAGCCCCAGCGCCCCCCCGCAGGCACAACCGGUUUCUGGUCUUGGCCGACAGCAGCUCUGAAGAGGACGACGAAAUCCUCCGUCCACGCGGGAAACUUGCGUCGAGAAUGCAAGUGCGCGGCAAUGCAGAGCCAAAAUCCGAAUCCGAGCCUGAGGCGGAGGCCGAGGACAACGCGACCUUGACGCGGGCCAGUCCGCCCGCUAUCUCGCCGGCGAAGAAGAGCGACGGUGCCGGCGCAGCUACCGAGCAGCAUGACAAUCACGAGGAGGACGAGGAUGUGAUCGUGGCGCGUCCCAGAAGGCUCAAGUCUCGCCGGGAACGCAGCUCUACCCCAGCGACCGAGACCAGGCCGCAGGAACCGGCGUCGUCUCCCGGCCUGUUUGUCUCGCCAUCCAAGCCGCAGACCCCGUCGACAGGGAAUGCCGGAGUUGGCGGUGAUAACGAUGACGAUGACGACGAUGACUUGCCCAGUCCGGCCGCAUUGACCAAGAAUCCCCGCUUCCUCGCCCUUGUUGCCAAGAAGCGGCAGGAACGGCUGGCACGCGAGGCCGAAGAAGCCCGCAAGAAAGCCGAGCGCCGCAAGGCAGCUGGCCACGACGACCAAGACGACUUCCUGGCCGAGGACGAUGGAGACGACAACAUCACCGACGACGACGGCGGCCGGAAGCUCACGCAGGAAGCAUCCUCGGCACGCCCUGCGCGAAAGGCCAGCAAGAAGGCGAUCGAGGAGAUGAACCGCGAGACCCAGCGGCUGGCCCGUAGUCUGCAGCUGGCGCAUGAGGCGAGGGUCAGGAAGAAGAUUCCCAAGGCCGCCCUGUUUGAGCGGUUCAACUUCAAGCCCGAAGGCGCACCAGCGCCUUCCGAACCUGCGCCGGCAGCGGCGAGCUCGAGCCGUGCCCCGACGCCGGAGUCCGCGCAGCACACCGAUGCUGAGAUGAAGGGUGCCGACACGCCGCCUAGUUCGCCGCCGCAAGUUGGCAAGGAUGCGGGUGCGGAGGAGGUUGCCCGGGCAGUGUCUGAGGCACCCAGACAUGAAGGAGACGACGACGACGAUGACUUCCCUACUCUAGAAGAAAUGGUGGAAGCAGCCGCUGCCCGCAGGAAGCUCGACAAGGGCAAGGGCAAAGCUACUGCUGCCGAGCUCGAGGAGGCCGAGCAGCGCGCGGCCGCCAAGUCGCAGAAACGCAACAUCCGCGUCAAGCUCCCACCCAUCCAGGCCAACGCCGCAACUCUAACCCUGGACGACGAUGACCUCGUCAUCCAACCGACCCGCAAGUCCAAAAUCGACGCCAUCUUCGACCGCGCCCCGCUCAACCAAGCCAAAGAGCCGCGCCCGCUCCAACUGCUCCGCCGCCUCGCCCACCUCGACGACCCGGACAAGAAGCCCAUCCCCCCUUCCCGCGCAGGGAGGAACAAGCUCCACGACCAGCACUCCCACCAUCAUGAGCAGGCGCCCAUGACGGCAGGCGAGUUGCACGCCAGCCUGCUGCAGCGCGCGCGACAGCAGGCCAAGCUCGAGCGCGACCGUCACCUGGAGAUGCUGCGGGCGCGGGGCGUGUACGUGCCGACGGCCGAGGAGCGGGAGCGCGAGCUGCAGGCCGUGGACGACAUCGUGGCCAGGGCGAGGCGGGAGGCCGAGGAGAUCAUGGAGCGGGAGCGGGAGGCCGCGAAGGCGGAGAGGAAGAAGAGGCGGGAGGGGGAGGGCGGGGAGGAUCCGUUGGGGUGGGACGAUAGCGAUGAGGAGGAGGAUGAGGAGGAGGACGAGGAGGAGGAGGUCGAGUUUGAAUUGUCUGGUUCUGAGGAGGAGGAGGAGGGCGGCGAAGAGGAAGAGGGUGCCGAAGAGGAGGAGAAGGAGAAGGAAACCAUGAACAUGAUUGAUGAUGCUGCCGAGAGUGCAGAGGAGUCGGAGACUGAAGAGGCUACCGAGCAAGCUGAGGACAAAGACUCGGAUGAGGAGGUCGUCAGCGCAAAGCACGCUCGCCGCAGGCCGAGAAAACAAGUUACCAUCCUCUCUGACGAGGAAGACGACGACGACGACGACGCCGCACCCUUUGUCAAGGCCACUCCUCAGCCGAAGGCUCACUUCCCAAAGUCGCCGUCGACUCGCAACGCCGAGUCGCCCAGCGUGCCGACAUCGGUCCUGCGAUCGGCAACAAAGACUUUCAUCCCUGGACUCCCCGUCUCCGGUCCGGCCGGUCUGGGGCUGACGCAGAUCUUCGCUGGCACCAUGGAUGACAGCCAGAUGGGCACGGCCCCUGCGGACUCGCCGUCGCAGCCGAGACCUACCUUUGAUGUCACGGCCUUCCCCGACUCCAACUUCUCGCAGACCGCCCAGGAAGCUGCGGAGGACAUGAUCCUCGACAGCCAGCCCACGACAGGGGAGACGCAGCAAGCCGAGACCCAGGGCGUCCAGAUCCAGUUCUCGCAGUCCCAGAUGCACGGCUUCGACACCUUCCUCCGGGAGGGGGAGAACCUGACGCAGGCAUCCGACCUCAUCGAGCCGACUCAGGACGCUGGUUUCCGCAACUACUCCCCGCUCCGCCAGCGCUUCGUCGAAGCCCCCGUCUCGACCGUCGAUACACUCCCCGUUGGCCGGACCCAGGCCGACGCCGAGGCUGGGCAGAACGACUCGCCGCUGGUGCGGCGGACCGGCAAGCUGAGGCGCAAGGCCGACGUCGUCCCCGCCUCGCCCAGCCGCCGCCUCGCUUCCGUCUCGGAUGGGGAAGACGAGGCGAUGGAGGAUCACGAGACGGACGAGUUCGGGUUCGGCACCGUGCCCAACAACGCGUUUACCGCCAUGAAGAAGGCUGCGCUCAAGGAGAAGAAGCGCCAGGCCGCGUUUGACAAGAAGAAGAGCAAGGCCCGCGAGAUGGUCGAGGAGCAGGCCGAGGAGUCCGAGGAUGAAUAUGCCGGGCUUGGCGGCCCCGACGGGGAAGACAGCGACGAUGACGACGAUGACCAGUCGGUCAAGGAGAUUAUCGAUGACGAGACCAAGGCUGACGAGGCUGACGAGCGGAAGCUGGCUGCCUUCCAUGCGUAAGUCGCUAUCACCCCUUUCUGCGUUAUCCCAAUAUCCCAGCCGGAAGCUAACCCCUCG